ACACAAGUCCAUGUUAUGCAUCUUUGUUUUGGGUUUUAAUCCGGUGAUCUCAUGGUUUUGAAUGAAUGCAGGUUCUUGGACCUCUUGAAUUUAAGAUGAAGAGACGGGCACAAGCAUCAGACGAGCCUCUGAAGAAGAGGAAGGCUGUCCGUGAGGACUCCUCUGAUGAAGAUGAGGAGUCUUCUCAAAGAACCACCAGUCAGGACUCAAGUCAGAGUGAGUCUCUCAGCGAUGUUGAGGACCACAAACCCAGUUUCUCCAGGCCUUCUAAUUCCCAGAAUGCCGAGGGCAACGAUGCCUCUUCUGAAGCCUCUUCCAAAUUUUCUAUGUAUAACAGAGUCUCUCAGAAACUCAUGGCCAAAAUGGGUUUCAGAGAAGGCGAGGGUUUGGGAAAGUUCGGUCAAGGGCGGAAAGAGAUCGUAGAAACAUCGACCCAGCGUGGGAGGCGAGGUUUGGGUCUGACCCUGAAGGGCUUCCAGGGCGACCUCAAUAUAGACUGGCAAGAUGAGCCGGAGCCAAGUGCUUUAGAAUCAGUGACGUGGUUUCCAGAAAGUUCUCCAGAGAUCCCAGAUGCAGAUGAGCUGAAGGACUGGAUGACUGUGGGCCAGAAAAAAUUAAAAAUUGAUGAUGAAACUGAAUUUUGCUCUGAGAAUCUACUGCAUCUCCUUCUUCGCUGCAAAACUGUGUUUGAUAACUUGGAGGGGGAGGAGAUGAGGCGAGCGCGUACUCGAUCAAACCCUUAUGAAACAAUCCGAGGGGCUUUCUUUCUCAACAGAGCUGCUAUGAAGAUGGCAAACAUGGAUCAUGUUUUUGACUAUAUGUUCACUAACCCAAAGGAUUUUCAAGGGAAGCCCCAGACGCGUGAUAAGGAUGGUGAGUUGCUGUAUUUUGGAGACGUAUGUGCAGGACCAGGAGGAUUCUCAGAGUAUGUGUUGUGGCGGCGGCGCUGGCAUGCGAAAGGUUUCGGGAUGACGCUCAAAGGAGCCAACGAUUUCAAACUGGAAGAUUUCUAUGCUGCUCCCAGCGAGCUCUUUGAGGCCUAUUAUGGUGAGGGUGGGAUUGAUGGCGAUGGUGACAUCAUGCGGCCGGAAAACAUCACUGCGUUCCGCAACUUUGUCUUAGAUAGCACUGAAGGGCGGGGCCUGCACUUCUUAAUGGCAGAUGGGGGUUUUUCUGUUGAGGGCCAAGAGAACAUUCAGGAGAUUUUGAGUAAACAGCUCCUUCUAUGUCAGUUCCUCACUGCCAUGUCUGCCGUCAGACCAGGAGGCCAUUUUGUGUGUAAGACGUUUGACCUGUUCACACCGUUCAGCGUGGGCUUGAUUUAUUUGCUGUACCUCUGCUUCGAGAGGGUCUCGCUGUUCAAACCCGUCACCAGCCGGCCUGCCAAUUCAGAGAGAUAUGUGGUGUGCAAGAGUUUAAAGCCAGGCACCGAUGCUGUCAGAGAAUACAUGUUCAUCAUCAACCUGAAACUGAAUCAAUUCAGACACUCAGACAGAGACGUUACUGAAGUCGUCCCUCUGGACAUCAUUAAAGGAGACACUGACUUCUUCCAAUUCAUGAUCAACUCCAAUGAAAGCCAUUGUGCAGUACAAAUCAAAGCGCUGGCUAAGAUCCACGCGUACGUCAGAGAUACGACACUGUUUGAGCCCAGGCAAGCAGACAUCCGCAAAGAAUGUCUCAAACUGUGGGGGAUUCCUGAUAAAGCCAGAGUCACUCAUCCAACAUCAGAUCCGAAAGCAAAGUUCUCUGAGCUCGUGAAGGGCUCAGAUAUGGACAGUUUUAGUUCCAGACCAACUGCACUGAACUCAGGAAAUCUGGAUAAACUACAGCACGUACUGGACUACAGGUGCAUUGUGGGAGGAGGAGAACAGCUCUUUCUCUUGGGACUUGGGAGAUCUCAGAUCUACACGUGGGACGGCAAAGCACCGUUACGCUGGAAGAAGCUGGAGAACUUCAAACUGGAGUUGCCCAGAGACACACUAUUGAGCGUAGAGAUUGUCCAGGAGCUGAAGGGAGAGGGAAAAGCCCAGAGAAGGAUCAACGCUGUGCACGUUCUCGAUGCUCUUGUUCUCAACGGCACUGAUGUCAGAGAUCAGCACUUCAACCAGAGGUCUUUUGCAAAUUAUUACAUUAUGCUUGCUGUUUCAGCCUCAUUCAUUCAUUCUCUCUCUCUUUUAUUUUUUAGUGUGAAGGAAGUCUAUAGGUUAGAGGAGAUGGAGAAGAUCUUUGUGAGGUUGGAAAUGAAGGUAACCAAGAGCUCGGGAGGGAUGCCAAGACUGUCAUACACGGGCAGAGAUGACCGUCACUUCCUCCCCAGUGGCCUUUACAUCAUCAAAACAGUUAACGACCCUUGGACAAUGGCGUUCAGCAAAAGUUCUAAAAGAAAGUUUUUCUACAAUAAGCAGACCAAAGAAUCAACUUAUGCACUGCCGCCUGGUUCUGUGGCACCUUUCCAUGCAUGUCAUCAAGACAGGCUGUUUUGGGCUUGGGAGGAAGGCGUCCGAGUUCACGACUCCCAGACGCGGGUCAACCCCGACAAACUGUCUAAAGAUGACGUGCUUUCCUUCAUCCAUCAGCACUGUCAACAAUGAAAACACAUGUACACAUUGCAAUCACACUAAGGAACAUAGCACAGACUGUACAUCGUCCUCGCCACCAGGGGGCACUGUAGCUUUUACGAGAGUCCGCUGAGAAACAUUCAAACUCUUCACACUUCAAGGCUUUCUCCAAAAUAGCCCCUGUGAGUUAGAGGACAGGGUGUCUUGGUGCUCGGUGGUGUGUAUCUGCGUGUCCGUUAUCUUCAGAGGAGAAAGAAACUUAGAUGACAUUGCUUUUCCCUUGUCCACAUGUUUUUCUCCUGAGCUUUAAAAUCUGCUUCCUCACAUUAAUAAUUCCCCCACUAAUCGAUUGGAUGUGUAGCUGCAGAUUCUAUUCAUCAGUGUAAACCAGAAGAUAACCAUGUAAAACAGCAUAACAGUGUGCAUUCGCUCUACUGUGUGCAUGUGUUGCCUUGUUUUUCACAUUUUUAUUUAGUUUCUUUCAGUGUUUAAAAAUCUUAGACUGGGUAUUGCCAUUUCUGGUGAUUUUGGAAGAGGAUUUUAAUUUUAAACCUGUUCGUGAUGUUGAUUAGAUUAAACCACUGAGGAAGUUUAUUCCUUGA